AGGGUACUGGGCAGGCCUAGUGCUCAGUGUGUCGACAGCCGGGUGCCACGGAGGAGGGCGGGGCGGGUCUUGUCACUACUACAGAGUUCGUUCACUCAAGCUGUAUAUUAGUCUAUUCAUUUAGUCACAAUUAAGUCUUCGUACUCAAGUGCUUGCUUAGAGGAAGAGUGAGGCUGAAUAUCUCACGCGGCGUGAGGCAACAGUGGUGAAUGUGGGUUGCUGACUACAGAUUCCCAUUUAUGACAAAUUAUGUGGUUAAAUUAGGUCAAUUUACUCAUUAGUUCAUCCAUUGUCUCCGGGGUUGAAAAAAUAAUUUGGCGAAUCCCAUUACCAACUAGUUCAUCACUCUUCCAUUCAAGUGUCGCGAGGAUAUAUCUAAUGUACUAGUGAGAGUUUACGUCGAAGGAUAGGACAAUAAGCAAGCAUCAGUAGUGCUUCAGCAGCAGGACAAGCGGCAAGAGUGCUCCGAGGACAAGACAAGCAUCGAGUGUGCUCUUCGGGUUGCCGAACUAUGACUGGAGGGGCAGGGUAAGACCUUGACACCCGCUUCCUUCACUGCACCGUCGACAUGUUCCGCCGUGGACUGGUCAAGGGCAAGUUGCAGGUCGGCGGGGGAGACCGAAAGACCAAUGAGCCUGAUUACGAGGAAGUCGGCCCUCCCACGCACCUCAGGAAAGUUCCAGAUGCUCCCAAGGAUGGCCAGAACUGUGACCUGUGCGGGUCGGCACCUGCUGCAGUGCGGUGUGACCGCUGCGGCUCCCAGGCCUUCUGCCUCUCCUGCGACGACAUGUACCACCGUCACCCUCGCCGCAGUACCCACGCCAGAAAGGCAGUGGACAGCCGGCCACCGGCGGGGGGAGGGAUAAGGCCGCCGCUGCCCCCCAAGGGGGAGUCCCAAGGUGGAGUUCCACCCCCUCAGCCUCCUCCCAGGAAGAACAAACGUGCUGGGUUCCUCUCAUCCUCGGCCUUCAGCAAGAAGGAACAGAUGUACGCGCGGCCCGGCACUGUUACCUCCCGCUCCACCAGCAUGACCAACCUUCAGAGUGCGGGUAACGAGACUAACAACAACAACAACAACAGUGGUGGACGAACUAUUAUGGGCAGCCUCAAGCGGUUCAUGGGAGCCAGGCCGCUCCCUCCCACCCCGCUCCACAAUACAUGUUCUGGGAAGAAUGAAGCUAUAACAGCGCUUCCCAGCAAGGCUUCGAUCCGUGCCACCACCAGCCCCAGUCUUCCCAACCUCAGCGACCACAUUGACGAGGAAAUCCGGAUGGGAUUGCCUCAGUCUGUGCUUGAUCUCAACACAACUGUGAACUCCAAUACUAAUUCCAUUUCCACGCCUGUCACGCCGGCCUCCGCCCACGCCCAGUACCCACCGCUACAGCCCAAGACGCUCCAGCCGUCUCCCCACACGCACUCCCUCGGCAGGAAGUUCUCCCUUCAGCAGCUGCCUCAGAGUUUCGACGACAAGAGGACCUCCAUGGUGGAUCCCACAGCAGGGGGAGCACCGUGGGAAGGGGAAACAGCCAAGCCCCCACCACGGACACGCUCUCACAGUGUGUCUGAUGACCAGUGGGCGCAAAUGUUAGCAGCGGAGACCAACACCACCACCAACACACAGUCUCUGGGGGCUCCCUCCGGCCCCACCUGCCCCCCCGGCCACGUCCCUGCUGAUAUGUCGGCUUUCGCUGGUGCCGCUACCCGUCGCGGCUACAACAGCAUCAACAACGCUGGGCGCAGUGGCGGUGGCACUCUUGGACGCGGCAUGGUGUCCUCGGCGUCCGUGUGCGACCUGAACUCCCUAGCCCAGCAGCAGCAGCAGCAGCCCUUACACGGCUUUAGCAACGCGGCCGGGAGCUUCCAGCAGCUGAACAUGAUGGGUUAUGGUGGUGGCAUGAUGUGGGGAGCCCCGUGUGACCUGUGCCAGGCCCCGCCUAUGUUCACUGGCCACCCCGGCAUUAGCGGAAUGAAGCGCACUGCCUCUAAUCUCUCCAUGAAUCUGUCAUCGGUAGGAAGUGACAUGUCGGGUUAUCCUUGGGCGCCGCCACCCCACAUACACCAUCACAUGCCUAUGUAUCCGGGUUACUACCCAGGCUACCACCCACACAUGGCCCCGCCGCCCAUGGGCACCCCUAUGGGCUUAAACAUGUCAAUACCCGACUCAAUGCACACUUUUGGCAAGGUGCCGUCCUCGCCGGCGCCCUCGGUCCGUUCCUCCUCACACCGUUCUCACAAGUCUGCAAAAUCCAGGUCCUUCAAUGCAGGUGAUGCAAGUGGCCGCCGUAGCCGCAACCGGAAAGCGAAGCGAUCAGAAGAAAGUGAGGAGAGUCGGUCGACGUCUGUCAGCGAGGACGAAGACGAUAUUGAUGACCGGGAGAGCAAGUCUGGCCACGGUGGGGUAAGCAGUCUUGCCUGGCAAUGCGACCAUUGUACUUUCAUUAAUUCCGGUGGGGCGCGAACCUGUGGCAUGUGUUCCAAGACCGUGGGAGGUAGCGGCCGCUCCAGCCGCCGAGGCAGUGAACGGCGACGCUCCGAGCGACGGCGGGACCGACGAACUGAUCAGGAAGAUAACGAGCGUGAUGUGUCUGAUUACGACAACGAUGGCGGGGUGGUGAAGAGUAAUUUUUCCUUCAAUAUUAAAGAUAGUAAGCGCGAGGCCCGAAACAAAGUGUCGGGCUCCAACAAGAGCAAGAGUAAGAAAAAGUCCCGUCGACGAGACGGCUCGGAGUCCCAGUCGGAGUCCGGGAGUGAAGGCGAGGAGGAAGAGCAGCUGGAGAGGCACAUGCGAGACCUUAGGGUGUCUUCCUCCUCUCGCAGGCGAGGCAGUGACCACGACGGAGGCAACAACAAAGACAGAGAUAGGGAGAGAACCUCACGAAAGAAAGAAGGAAGCGUCGGUCGCUUCAAGAAUCGGGGCAAGAGCCACUCGGAGCGGUCGAGGACGCCGGGUCGCCAGACACCGAGGCGCUCCAGCCCAGCCGAUGACCAGGCAUCCCGGGGCGGCAGCUCUGACCGCAGCCUCCCAGAGGACGCCCGCACCUCCCGCACUCUCAGUGCUGACCCCAACGGACAUCCCAACUCUCAAGAGGGUACAUUAGUUGAUACUUUCGUAUCUGAGGCCACUGUCAAAAGUGGGAAAAAAUCUAAAUCAGACAGCAGUGAGCAUAAAAGCAAAUCUAAGGGAUCCAAAGCUCCCAGUCCCGCCAUUAGUGUGGCUGAUGAAGAACCGGUUCAUGAACAGGUGUUACAGGCCCCUGUUCUUGACGCUAAGGGUAAUGGUGAAAAAUCUAGAUCUCCAAGUCCUCGACUGGAAAUUAGGAAAAGUAAGUCCCCGGCACUGUCACAACGGACUUCUCGAGGUGAGGUCGAUGACCCAAGUUUCGCUAACACUCUAGAUGAUAUAGCGACAAUGGGUACCAACGAGGUAGCAGACCAGGACCUGAGUAGCCACUAUCUGGACGACCGCCCCCACAGUACUGAUAUCCAGGUGAUACAAAACGAUGACGUCCCCGUCGUCAAUUACAUCAGACCUGUCACCCCAGAAGAGCAAGCAGUUGACGAGCCACAAACCAUAGUUAUAGAGGCUCCACCUGGCAGAAGAGCGGACUUUAACAAUAUCGAAGUCAAAGAGGAAGCUGUGCUUAUGGCGCCAGAAGACGUUGGGCAUGUGGACAACAAAAUACCAGCACACGAACCUUUAUAUGAACCUAGCUACGAGACAGUAGGACAGCCUGUAGAGAUCGAGGCUCCGGAACUGGCUGAAGGUAAAACCAUAAUCAAUGCGAACGAUACGGACAGAGAGCAAGACAAUUAUCACACAGCAACUACCGGAAACACCGCUGAGGAGAUGAAGGUGGAGGAGAAGCAACAAGAAAUAGUGGCUGACGAAGAAAUUUUGCAAGAAGUUAACGCCAAGCAGGGUUCACCCAUGGACUUCCGCGGGGAAAUGGCACGUUCAGCCUCCUCAGGGUCCUCCCUGGGGCUGAACUCACUGCCGCCCGACAGGCAGUACACGCCCCUCAGCUUCUCCUCCUCCGACGCCCAGUUCUACUCCCCACCAGACUCUCCUGAUAUCUCCCUCAGCGAGCAGCUCCAGGAUAAGCCACCGCCUGGCUUCACACAGACUGUGGUGGCGCGGGAGGAGGAGUACCUGGUGACGGCGCUGGAGACCAUGCGGCAGACCUUCGAAGAUCUUAAGUCCUCCAGAGAGACCAUCAGGUCCUCCAUGGAGCAGCUGCCUUAUUCCGAGGAGGCGCCGGUGUCGGUCGGGGAGGCGGAGGGUGACGCCCCAAGAGAGCGGUCAAAGUCAGCGGGAUCUGUUACCUCCGUAGCCACCUCCCCGGCGGAAUCUGUACCUCGCGCUCCUUUCCCUAACGGUGCUACUGCUUCUGCCCGCGCUGCCGCCUCACUCACAGAUGCUUACGAGUCUCUCAGCUACCAGGACGCUCUCUCUUCGUCAGGUGCCGGUGAUCCUGAACUCUCGGCUUCCGACAAGGCGGUGAGGGCGGCAGGCCAGCAGGCCGAGGACGACGCCCAGGCGGCCUCCAGCCUCGCCGACCUACUCAAGGAGGUGGAGCGGCAGCGCAGGUCCCUGGAGCAGCCGGAGACGCAGGUGAACGAGAAGUACCUGACGGUGGAGGAGAUCAUCACCAGGCGGCGGCAGGAGGCCAUGAGGAAGCAAGGCCUACAGCUGGUCCAAGUCCUCCGGGAUGCAGAAGACGCGGGCUACGCCUCGGAGGACGUGUCCAUCGCCCUGACGCACUGUGGAGACAAGAACCCAUUGGAGUGGCUGCGGGAGAAUUGGCGCCACAUGGUGGACACGGUGUCAACGCUGGCCACCAACUACGGCCAGGAGCGACGCGUCAACGACAUCGGCGCCAUCACGGCGGGAGAGGCUCGGGCCGCCCUCAGGCUGCACAAGGGCAACAUUUGGGCUGCCGUCACAGAGUGCGUCGAGCAGCGUCAGAACAAGUUCGACAACAUCUACGCGCGGGGUCGAUUCAAAAGGGAGGCGGUGGUGAAGGCGCUGGAGAACCACGAAGGGGACGCCGACGCUGCCUUCCUCGACCUCAACAAGUCCCAGCUGCAGCCCUUCAUGAUGAAAAUCUGGGGCGCGCUUAAGGGUGAGACUAAGCAAGUACCGAAGACGGAUCCCGUUGCUCUACCCCAGAAGGAGGUCCAAGCAUCCCCGCCCCCGCCCUUACCCACGCCGGCGCCAGCCAGCGUCCCCAGACCUGCCCAAGACGAUGUCUUACAACCACCUACCUUGGUGGACGCCUCCACAGACACCGGCCAUGCUAACCAAGAUUUCGAAGAAGAGGAGGAGGAGGAGAUAGAUGAAGAGGAAGAAGAGGAGGAGGAGGAAGAAGAGGAGGAGGAAGAAGAGGAGAAGGAGGAGGAAGAAGAGACAGACGAUGAAGAUGACGUCUUUGAGAACACGUACGCCAACAUCGACCACGUUAAGGAAGAACCUCCGAGAGAACAACAGAUCUACACUAACGUCCAAAAGGUAGCAAGAGCUAAAGCUAAAGAAGCUGUUAAUCGGAAAUUCAAAAUGGUGGGUAGACGAGAUGAGCGAGCACAACUUAGAAGACCCCUGACCCCUAGCGGGGUAAAUCAGAGUGCCUUGGACGAUGAUGAACUCUUUUCCGCCAGCGAGGUGACGGGCCUGGAGUCAGACGAGGAGUCGACCAUAGAGGAGCUGCUGGCGGACAUAGGCAGUCCAUCAUACUACGAGUAUUUCACAGCCGUCGAGCUGGAUGAGAUGGAGAACUCGGAGGAGGUUGAGAGCGAGAUGGAGGACUUGGAGGAGGUUGAGAGCGAGAUGGAGGACCUUGAAGGUGAAAGUGAUGGAGGCAGCGAGAGGGAGCAGGCCGCGCAGGAGCCCCGUGCCGGUGGGACGUGGACCCCGGGGCGCGCGACCCGCCAUCAGCUGCACCAGCUCUCCGACUCCGCCUCAGGAGAAUCCCUGGAGGACAGAGAAGAGGAAGAGGAGGGGGAGGGGGAAGAGGAGGAAGUGGAAGAGGUGGAAGAGGUAGAAGCGACGGGAAAUCUUCAAGAGACGCAGCCUCUGCAGUUCGUGAGGAAGGAAGAUGUGGUGGUGCACCCUCUCAAGGCUUUCACUCACUACGCUGACCUCUCAGUCUCUGAAUACUCCGAGGAGCCUCGUAGCCCAGCCCCUUCGGACUGCAUGAUGUCCCCCUCAGUCUGCUCGCUUGAUACUAAGUCUUCCACCCGGCACACUGGGAGCCCGCCGCCCAGGGACCAGCCACCUUCGGGAAACCCACAGUUCCAGGACUUUCUCCUCUCACAAAACACUUCACCUGACGAGGCUCUCAUCUCCGGAGCUUGUAGCAGCCAGUCGCCAGAACAUCAAGCAAAUCGGAUACAUAAGAAAGCCCCUAAAUAUUCAAGUACUCUUCAUGUAAGCUUGUCAACUCAAAAAGACGUUUACGAACACAGUACGGAUAGAGGUUCUGCCUCCCGGCUUCAGCCAGCUCAUGAUUUGUUUCCUGAGCUGUCCUCUUCAGAAGCUGACGAGGCAGCAGACACCUUGGCACCAGCAAAUCGAGAUAAUUCCUUUCCACAUUUCACACCUGCUGGUGUCCGACCUCAGAGCAAAUCUGCUCCAAGCUCCGUGCGAAGCUCCUUAAUCUUGGAGGAGUGUGACGAGAGCGACGAAGAGGAGUCUGUGAGCAUCACUACAGGAAGACUGAGCCUCUCCCUCGAUAAUGCCAGCAUUAACGUCAAGUCGGAGAGUAUACAGACAGAGCAAGUUGUCGCCGGCGAGCACCCGCACGAGGAAGAGAGGGAACAGUUGUGUGACGAGGUUAAGGACACUACUUGUGGUGCAGAGGAAACAACAGCGGUGCAGGGUGGCGGGCGAACCCCAGAACCUGUGGAGGAACCUGCGGAAGCUGCAGAAGCUGACCCAGCAAGGGUGCGGGAUUCUGUGCUGCUGCUGCCGCUGGACGAGCCUGGGAUGGCUCAGACACGCACUGGUCCCGUCACCGUCCAGAAAGCCUCCGUCAUAGUUGGGAAAGCCAUCGCUAAGGCCAUGGCCAGGGAGACAUCAGCGCGGGAGUCUCUCAGUAGGUCGGUGACACCCGAAGUGCAGGAGGCUCCCAUCGCCACACCAGAAGCUUCUGAGGGCGAGGAAGAGAUAACCGUCCCAGGGACGACGUCGGACUCUGACGAAGAAGACCACUUGCGCACCUUGGACACCAUCCUGGAGGAAGAGGAGAUCAGUGAAAUGACAGAGUCUGGUCGAGUCAUGUCCCGACCCGCAUCGAAAAAUCUGUUUCUUCCGUUCAACCCUACGGACGUGGUGCAGCUUUCCCCUGUGACUCGCUUCUUGAAGACUGUAACCGAGCCCAAGACCUCUACAGCCCCUAGUAACACCUCAGACAAGAAGGGCGCGAGUGUGGUAGGUACAGAAGCAGGUGCUGGAGGUGGCACGAGCCCUCCUGCCGCCCAGACGCCUCCGGUGCCCAACAGUUACUACAACACCCUACACACCUACUAUAACGAGCCGGGGGCCUCUGAGCUUCCUGAGGCCCACACGGUCAAGCUGACCCCCAACGACUACGAGACCAUGUACGAGAUGAAGCGACAGCUGGAUACUCUGCGAGACACGAGCGGCGCUACACUGGACAAGAUUAACGCUCUGGUCACUGAGGCCCCGCAACCCGACCAGGAAGACAAUGACGAGGAGGAAAUUUAUUACGAGGAAGUCACUCUGAAAUCAGAGAAUGAUUCUUCAGACGCUACGCAGGCGUCACGGAGGCGGCGGCGGCGAAGGGCUCGUGGAUCAAGUAGCACUGCAGGGACGUCCAGCAGAGCAGAUGUGAGCGAGGCGUCCAUUGCCAGUUCCUCUCCAGCCCAGGCAUCGCCACCAACACCCACUGCACAAUCACCGCCACCACCACCUGCAGCACCAUUCUCACCACCACCUGCAGCACCAUCACCACCACCACCUGCAGCACCACCAUCACCACCACCUGCAGCACCAUCACCACCUCCUUCAGCCCCAUCGCCACCAGCAGCACCAACUCCUCCACCUGUACCCGUUCCGUCAGAGGCCGCAUCAUUGCCAACACCAGAAGAGACAGAGGAGUUGGUGACGACUGUGACCAUUAAGAGAGCUCGUAAGAGGUCCAGGAUAUCAGACAACAGCUCCUACUCCAUCAUAGACUCAGGCACGCCCACACAGCUGAAGGAAGUUACAAGUAGUCCAAACCAGCAUGAAUCCGUAGAAAAUACUUCAAAUAUACAGAGAAGAAGAAGAAACGUCAGGGAAGACACGAGCUCUACUGUAUCCAACACACCAUCUACCUCUACUUCUGCCUUUUCUACCACCACCAAGGACACCUCCCCAUCUACCUCUACUCCCGCCAUAUCUACCACCGCAAAGGGCUCCUCGUUAUCUACCUCCACUACCACCACGAGUGCAGUGUCAGCUAGAGAACACACGAAGGCUUCACUACCCGAGUCCUCCGGGGACUCUGAGGAUGAGGACGGCGGAGUGAAGGUUCACAGGGUGAGCGUGGAGGAUCUGCCAAAGAUCCCGCAUCUCUUGGUACAGAUCGAGGGUCUAAAGGCGCGCCAGAACAAGAAAGACCCAGACUACCAGGAGAUGCGCGAGCUGAAGGAACAGAUCCAGAUGAUGAGGAGGCAGCUGGAGGCCCGCAUGGAAGACGAAGACGGCAGACCUGAGACUCCAGAUUCCCCGAAGGAGGAGCAGCAGCAGCAGCAGCCCAGUGGCGCCGACAUCAUUCUGCAGGAUACACAGGAAAAGCCAGUCAGCAGGGAAUAUGAACAACUUCAGUUUGAUAGGACGGUGCGGCGGCUGCUGGCCGAGGGACGGGCUGGGAGCUACGAGAAGGCAGAGUUGGCGGCCCAGCUGCUCACCUUCAAGUUCGGCGAGAUGGACUCCCUGCAGGCGGCCGAGGAGUGCUCCUCCAUCUACACCGCUAUCCAGUUCCUGCAGCAGGAGUGUGAACUGUGUGCCGAGAAGUACCCUAUGAGGAAGAUGGUGUCGAUGCUGCAGUGUACUCACCGCUGCUGCUGCGACUGCGCCAAGACCUACUUCACCUUCCAGAUCAAGACUAAGAACAUCCGGGAGGUCCGCUGCCCCUUCUGCAACGAGCCCGACCUCGAUGCCAAUGAGGAGAUGAAUGACGAGUACCUCAACAACAUGGACAUACUGCUCAAGAACAUCCUGGACGCCGAGACCCACGAACUCUUCCAGAGGAAACUUCGCGACUGGACGCUCAUGAAAGACCCGAACUUCCGCUGGUGUAACAAGUGCUCGUCCGGGUUCAUCUCCAACCCCCGCGCCAGGAAGCUCAUCUGUCCAGACUGUGGGGAGGUCACCUGCGCCCACUGCCGCGUCACCUGGGAGGGAGCACACGAGGGCAUCUCCUGCGAAGCCUUCGCGCGCUGGAAGGCUGACAACGACAUGGAGGUGGCGGUGCAGGGCGUGGCCAAACACUUGGCGGAGUGUGGCAUCACCUGCCCCAAGUGCAAGUUCACGUACUCGCUGGCCAAGGGCGGGUGCAUGCACUUCACGUGUACCCAGUGUAAACACGAGUUCUGCUCCGGCUGCAGCCAACCGUUCCGACAGGGCUCCAAGUGUUCGGUUGGUCCCUACUGCGCUCGCCUGGGUCUGCACGCUCACCACCCUAGGAACUGUCUCUUCUAUCUCAGAGACAAGGAGCCCCAGCAGCUCCAGAACCUGCUCAAGGAGGCCGGAGUGAGCUUUGACACGGAGCCUGUGGGUGAGCAGGAGCAGCAGGGAGGCGCCCGCCCAAUGUGUCAGGUGCAGGAGCAGAAAGAACUUCCCGAUGGUCUGAAAGACGACAUCUGUGGCAGAGUCGUCCCUACGGGAUACGCUGGUCUCUGCAGAAACCACUACAUUGACUAUUUGGGUCUGUUGUGUUUUAAAAAUAGAAUAGACCCACUGCCCCUAAUGGAUGAGGGGGACCUGAGGUUUGUAUUCCGUCGGGAGCACCUGGAGGUCCCCAAGCGGCGGCCCUGGGAGUCAGACGAGUACUUCCGCCGGAGGCUGUCAAAGUUGAUUAAGGAGCAUCUACCCCUGGGGAACCUGGACUAGUAGUCUAGUGGGCUCCGUCGCGAGGAGAACACCCAGGGCGUGAAGAUAUGUCUGUGAGGUCUUGGGAGUCUGUUCAGCAUACGGCUGUCGACACC